AUGGCCUGGACUAGAGCAGAGGCCCAGCAGACAGAAACUCGGGCUCAAAUUGAAAAUCAGCUGGAAUCCCUGGAGAAAUCAUGGAAGAAGGUUGUUUCGGUUGACAGGAUUAACAGGAUGGAAUUGCAGCAGGCCCUUCAAGCUUCACAGGCUAAACUUGAUAAAAAACUUUCAGCAAUAGAAGAAACGUUGAAUAGCAUUAAAAAUAAAACAAAGUUCAAGCUGAUCGGAUCGAGGUAUUUCUAUAUCGAACAUGUUGAAGAACAAAGUUGGACGAAUGCUUCGAAUUCCUGCCAAAAAAUAGGCGGACGUUUAGCUUCUAUCCACAAUGAAAAAGAGUUUAACAACAUCGUUGCGGAACUAAAUUCGGAUAUAAGUUAUAUGCUGGGCAUUAGUGAUUUGGCUGAAAAGGGCGUGUUUAUAUCUAAAUCCACCGGGGAGAAAGCUCCCUUCUUGAAGUGGAAACCUGGAGAACCCAGAUAUGAGAACCCUAAACAGCAUUGCGUUACUGUGCACGACGGUGGCAUGUGGGUUGACGACAACAAGACAAAUACUUACGACGAGGCAGAUUGCCAAAACGACGCAUUGCAAAAAGACGACAUCGAGACGACAAAAGAAGAGCCAAAGAUCCAAAAGGAGACGAGGAUCACAACGACGAGAAGAUGA